UAAGGAUUCAUAUUUAUGCCUUUUAAUCUUAUUGCCAUUGCACAUCUUGUAUACUCCUCCUUGGUGAUCAGCGUAGUAACGAUAUAAAAAACAUGUACAGAUCAUUUACUUCAUACAGUUUACAAUUCAGUCAGUAACACUAGUAUAAUUAUGAACUCGUUUGCUACAUUGACGCAUGAUUAAGCCUGGAAUCACCUUAUAUACAAUUGCACUAGAGACAUUCUUUCUAAGAACCCUUUUUCAUUCAAUAGCUUCCUUUUAGUCACAUAAGUACAAAACCUGGAUGAUAUGCGUAUGUGCUCAUGAUUGGACCGCCGUUUGGUGAUAUCUCAAUUAAGCAACAUGGUUAAUGAGUACCCUUGCUUUGGAGAAAAUGUACAUUCGGAGGUUUGUACCGUUGUGCCAUAAAUCCAUUAACUGGAUGGCACGCAAUAAAAUGCCUGUAUAUGCAGCACGAUUUACGACGACGACAACAACGAGUAUCUGGAGCUUUAAUUGUAUAAAUCGUACCAUAACUCUAGAACUUCGCGGUGUUGCACCUAUGCCAAAUCCCGGAACAAGCAAUACGACCUGUGGGACAAGUAGAAGCCUUCUUGACACUGCAGUUAGCUCUGCAAGGUCAUCGGAUAUCGUGGCUAUAGGCGUGUCCUCACCUGAAUUAAGUCUCAUUGCACGUUACAUUGACUUCAAGAAGCAAAUGUCUUCCAGCAAAGAUAAGACAACGCAAAAAUUCAAAAAUGAACGGCAGUUGAUAUCAAGUUAUCAGCAUUAUAUUGAUGUGGCAACUGCUACCUCAGAGGCUGGUAGAGAUAUUAUAGCCAUUGGGCGUAGUAAAUCGGUAGAAGCUGCAAGUUUCGGUGAUGCUGCCAUAAAACACAAAUUAGACGUCCUACGCUUAUUGUCGCUUUAUUUACGUAUAGGCGACGUGUUAAAAGACGCAACAACCCAGGAAGCAUUCCGGAAAGCUUCACCUUCCAUAUAUCGGGCUGUCAUAGAAGAGGGAGUUUUAUAUAAUUUCUGUCGCUUACAUGAAGCUAUCUGCAAUAUUGACGAUGGCCUGUUGUGCCGUCGCAAGAAUGUAAAAGUUGUUGCCAUAGUGGACCACACGUUGGUAACAGGUCUUGCAAAAAUGAUUAAUGAGAAACUUCCAAUACUAAUCGAAGACAAUGCGCAACCUAUGACUGAUGUUAUACAAUCCAUAGACAAUCGCAGCCGAAAAGGCUGGCAGCGAUUCUUACUGUGGUUUAUUAUUAUACCAGCUCUGACUGUGGUGUCUGUGAUAUUAUAUCAGUUAUAUCUAUACUUUUCAAACAGAUACAGGAAGUCAGUACCGUAUUUUAACGCAACAAGAAACGUUGAUAGUUUACAACCCAUUAGAAAGAAUUCCCAGCCUUAUGGUGAUACCACCCAACCAUCUAGGGAGUAGCCAAAACACAAUAAUUUACAUUUUAAUGA